AUGGCAUCUUUAUCUUUUGCUGCCGCCUUCGUGAACCCCUGUAACUAUAUCGGUGGAGUUGGCUUCAAUCCCGACAAUGAUAUUAUGGACUUGGCAGGAAAAGUUGUCCUAGUAACUGGUGGGAAUGCCGGGCUGGGAAAGGAGACAAUUCUUCAACUGGCCAAACAUAACCCGGCGAAGAUCUUUCUCGGUGCCCGCACAGAAUCCAAAGCUAUAGAUGCUAUCAAGGAAAUAAAAUCAUCAAUCUCAAAUGAUACUGAGAUUACUUGGAUUCCCUUGGACUUGGCAUCCACCGACUCAAUCCGCAAGGCCGCCGAGUCUUUCAACACUCAAUCCCAACGACUGGAUAUCCUAAUUCUAAAUGCGGGUGUCAUGGCUCUUCCCCCAGGCGAAACAGAUCUAGGCCAUGAAAUCCAGCUCGGAACAAACCAUACCGGGCACUUCCUCCUGACCAAGCUUCUGCUUCCAACGCUCCUGAAGACGGCAGAGGAGCCCCACUCCGAUGUCCGCGUUGUAUCCCUUUCUUCGGUUGGACACAACAUGGCUCCAAACUUCAGUACAAUGAUCGACCAGGAAAAGCUUAAGCAGGUCAAUACAAAUGCUCGGUAUGGAGCAUCCAAAGCUGCAAACAUCCUUUUUGCUGCUGAACUCAGCCGACGAUACCCAUCCAUCACCUCGGUGUCAGUGCAUCCAGGAGUGAUUCUCACCGACCUGUAUCAGUCGGUCGGCUCACGUACGCCUUUCUUUUCAGUGGGCUCCAAGGUACUGCAGCUCGUGGGAUCGACGGUUCAACAGGGAGCGUACAAUUCACUGUGGGCGGCUGCUGGGGCAAAGAAGGAGGACCUUGUGAACGGUAGUUACUAUGUUCCUGUUGGAAACCUGAAGCGCGAUAACAAGUUCGCAACUAGUAUUGACAUGGGAAGACAACUAUGGGAGUGGACAGAGGCUGAAUUGAGAAAAGCAAACCUGUAA